AUGAAUGGCUUGGUUCUGGUAUUUAAGCAAGUAUUUCUUUCCAUCGUAACAGAAUUACCAAUGGUAGAAGUUAUUUUAAACGGCCGUUUUAAAAAGACAUCAUUACUGGGAAAAGGAUCUUAUGGCACCAUCUUCAAAGCAUUCGAUUUUCAAACAAAACAGGAUGUCGCGAUUAAACAAGAAAAAAUAAAUUCCAAAGUACCGCAAUUACGCAGGGAAAAGGAAUUUUACGAAAAAAUUGGAAACAAACACGGCUUCCUACGAAUGAUAAGCUUUUUUGAAGAAAGCGGUUUUCGAUAUCUAGUAUUCACUUUGGUACGAAAAGAUCUUUUUGAUCAAGCGGAAAUACAUGAAGGAAAAUUAGGCUUAAAAUCAACAGUCCUGAUUGCCAAACAGCUCGUUGAUCGUAUUGAAUAUCUCCAUGACAAAGGAAUAUUACAUUUGGAUCUUAAACCAGAGAAUAUUGCUAUAGGGGCCAAUGAGAACGACCGAAAUACGGUAUAUCUACUGGAUUUCGGUUUAAGCAAGUACUACAGGAACGGCAAAAGUCACAUCCCUGCCGCAAAAAAAGUUCCUUUCAAGGGCACAAUUUGUUUUGCUAGUGUGAAUGCGCACAAAAAACUACAACAAUCACGACGAGAUGAUAUUGAGUCUCUGGUAUAUGUUAUCGUAUACUUAAUGAAAGGAAGUUUACCAUGGAUCGAUUUCAAAAACAAUUACAAAGGAUCCAAACACCGACAAGUAUUAAAAGAAAAAGAGAGACUUACUUCAAAUCAAUUGUGCAAUGGCUUGGAAGUAGAGUUUGCAAAAAUUCUCGAUUAUGCGAAAUCCUUAUCUUUCACGCAGAAACCUGAUUAUAAGUUUGUUCGACAACUGCUGGAUCGUAUUUCGAAAAAUAAUUGCUUCCAGGAUGAUGAAAUCUUUGAUUGUUUAAAAAAAUCAAACCUAAAUCACCGACCAGGCCAAUAUCACAGAUGUCCGGCCAAAAAACGACCUUUGGAGCCCAAUGACCGGCAACAACUCCAACAAAAUAUGAAGAAACGCCGAGUAGGCAAACACAAUAAAGAUUAG